AAAACAAAACGGUGAACGGUGGAUCGACAACGCACAUUUUUCGAACGGUCAAUAAUCGUGCACAUGCUGUCAAAAAUUUAUUUUAUUUUCAUAAAAUUGUUCAAAUAGUGUGAAUUUUGUGCGUGAAAGUAAUUUAAAUAUUCAUUUCGGUGUGGCUGUGAAAUAGUGUGAUAAAAAUGUCCAUCAAACAAACGAAAAAGCAAGACAAAAAAGACAAUUUGGACGAGAACAAACAGCAACCGAAACAGUCGAGAAAAGGCAAGAAAAAAAUCAUCUUCGGAGAGGAUGGCGAACAGCAGGAAGUUCCGGUGGAUUCGAUAGAGAAUCCGAUUACCCCGAACAUUGAAAGUGGGGAUGGUGGUGGACCUAAAGGAAAGAAGCACCAUCAGAAAAAGCCAAUGUCGGUCCAAGGGGAUGACGGUGCGGACACAAUUGAGCGCCGUUGGUACGAGCAUUUCGAUGGGUACAAUACGGUCGGCGAGCUGGUAGAACUGAAAGAUGCGGAAAUCGCCGAGCUCAGGAAGCUUUGUCGUGUGGCUUUCGAGGCGGAAAAUCGUACGCUGAUGAAGAACAAUCCGUCCGAUGCGAAGUGGUUGUUAACGGCGCUGGAGAAGGGUACUUCUCGGGAUAGGGCCAACGCUGGAGCACUGUUGGUGCAAACGAAUCCACUUUGUAACUUGCAGGCGCUGGAGACUGUGGUGGCCAUGGUUAAACUUUCCAACAAAGGACACUUGGAUGUAGUGGAAGUUCUGUCCGAAUUGAUGCUGAAUUCUGUAAUGCCGAUGGACCGCAAGUUGGUUUCUAUUCCAUUGAGAGGUGCGGAUUGGAAAAAUGUUAAGAAGCAGGAGUUGGAAAAGGGCUUGCGAGAUAGGAUAUAUGCGUAUUGGCAUUUUGAGGAUGCAUUGAGAGAUGUAUAUUUCACAUAUCUGAACAAUUUAUCGGCGGUUAUCCAAACCGGGCAGGAUAACAGCAAAAUGAAGGUGAUUCAGUAUGCAUCCAAAUUGUUCACCAUGAUCCCUGAGAAAGAAGCCUAUCUGCUGUCGAUGUUAGUCAAUAAGUUGGGAGACCCGAGCAAGAAGGUAGCUGUGAAAGCGUUGUAUCACUUAACGGAAGUCGCAAAGAAACACUCGGCUAUGUGUCCGGUGAUUGUGACGGAGACCGAGAAGCUACUCUUCAGGAAUAACAUCUCACCAAGUGCGCAGCAUUACGCGCUGACAUUCUUGGCAGCAAUAAGCAACCAUGGCGAUUUCAGUUCAUGCGAAAAGAUGAUCAACAUUUGUUUCUCGUUUUUCAAGAUUUUAACAGACAAAGGAGAAGUGAACAGUCGGACGAUGCAAGCAAUAUUGGCCUGUCUCAGGAAAGCGAUCGGAAAUGUUAAACGCAAUGUAGAUAUAGCGAAUUUCGUGAAACCUGAGGUAUUGAACACUGUCUAUCGUAUGAUCCAUUUGGCGGAUAUAUCGAUCGCCUGUCAAGGUCUCUCGCUUAUGCUGGAAAUCACUGAAUCCCGAGGAGUGGAACAAAAUCGGUUCUACAAUGCCUUGUAUCGCAAGUUGCUUGAUUCACGGUUGGCCACCGUAGGCCCACGUAUUUCGAAUAUUUUCUUUUAUAUCAUCCAUCGUGCAAUUCAGAACGAUCCCAUUCCAGAACGCGCUAUGGCCUUUAUCAAACGAUUGCUCCAGGUUGCCUUCCAGUUUCCGCCAACUAAGGUUUGCGGGGUGUUGAUCAUCGUCAGCAAGAUUUUGCGGAAACGUAGGCAGUUACAUAUGGAUGGAUACACUGCGGCACAAAACGAAACGAAAGGUAAACAGAUUUCGGUACAGGAGGACGUUGAUGUGGAGCAAGACGGAGAGGAUAACAAAGUGGCCAUCAAAAAGGAAAGCAACCGUAAAGUGACGAACUAUGAUCCGUUUCAUAGAGCUUCGGAAUUCGCUGGGGCGGAGUACACGGUGCGUUAUGAGCUGGCACGGUAUCUAGAAUACUUCCACCCAACGGUCAAGUCAUUCGCCAACAGCAUCAUAAACAAUUCCACGCUUAGCUACUACGGUGAUCCGCUGCGAGACUUCUCGCUGGGACACUUCCUAGAUCGGUUUGCCUUCAAGAAUCCCAAAAAGCCCAAAACGGAGGAAAACGCCGAUGGGGAACAGGUCCCUAAGAAGAAAAUUCUGGGCGUGGCGCAGCGAAAGGGUGACUACGUCCCUAGCGGAUCACGUGGGAUCUCCGUUCAUUCGCUCACUAAAGAUCAUUGCACCGAGGACGAAAAAUACAUUUUCCAUUUUCUGGAGCAAAAACGGGAACGGCUACGCGAGGCCAAGGAGGAAGCCAAAGCCAAGAAGGAUGCAAAAGGAAUUGUGGACGAUGACGAUGAUCUGUCGGAUGCGGAAUCGUUGGACGAUGAUGAGUUCGAUUCGUAUCUGGACCGUCUGGGAGUGCCGGGCGCGGAUGAUGAUGGUGCGGACAUCGAUCAGGAGGUGGACUUUAUGAACGAGUUCGAGCAGGAUUUGGCCAAGAAAGCUGACAAAAAGAAGAAAAAGAAGCAAACGGAAGAGGAAGAAGAUGAUGAUUUUGGCGAUUGGGAUGAAUCACAGGAUAUUGAUGAUGACGAUGAAGAUGGUGAAGACGAUGAUGAGGAUGAUGAACGAGCACCAUUUGACGUAGAGGAUGAUGAAUUCAGUGAUGGUGGAAGUAUUUCGUUAGACGAGGACGAUUUGGAUGAUGAGGAUGAAGAUGAUGACGAAGAAGAGGACGAAGAUGAGGAUGAUGAGGAAGACGAACCAAAAUUCAAAAAGAAACGACGAGAGGGUGGUUUGAGCGAUCGCGAGUUCCAGAAGAAGCUGAAGACGGGAGAUUUCAAUUCGCUGUUUGCUGCAGCAGAUGAUUUCUCGGAAAUGCUGGAGAAGAAUGUCGGUUCGAAGGAAAGCAAAUCGCACGGCACGCUGGGUGAAAUUUUCAAUAAGGAUAAUGCCCCUAUGAAGCAGAUGGAAUGGGAACAAGCCCGGUUCAGUGGUAAAAGCAGAAUGCAGAGUGGCAAAAAGCGUUUCAUCAGUAAAAAGCAUGGUUCAUCGUCUGGAGGAAUGGGAGGCAACAAGAAGUUCAAAGGCGGUAGGGUGGAAAAAAGGCAAUCGAAAACGUUCGGAAAAGGUAAAAAGGGCGGAGUAAAAGCGGGAGGUAAGCGAAGAAAGUAGUUCUUUGAUUAAACUUUGUACUAGAAGUAAGUGCUAGUAAACGCCUAAAAAAUGUUGAGUUACAGACGAUGUAA